AUGGACAAUCUGCUGUGUGAACUGCUUCCAUCUGACCAUUACACCCAUUCAGAAAAGUUCAUCGCCAACCAUCUUUGGUAUCACUACAGUAUUGUGGUAAAAUUAUUUUUCUUUUUCUACUUUAUCUUAUCCUCACGUUUUUUAUUAUCAUUAUUUCAUCCUAAUAAUAACUUUAGGUUGAAAUCGUUUGAGCAAAUUUUAUUCAGCUGUUCAACAUUAAUAUAUCUCUCUAUGGCUUUAUCUUUAUUUUUUUAUUCGUCGCAAGUCAUUUCUAAGUCGUUUUAUCGAUACGUCAUCGAAGUUUGUUUAACUGGUUUUUAUCAAGGGAGUAAGAAAUAUAUUUUCUCGGUUUUAGUCUCCUUGUUCGAAGUUGCCCUGUCAAAACAAUGGAACUUGUGUACCUCUGUACCGGACAAAUAGCUAUAAGUGUCGCUGUGCGAAAGCAUACACAGGAAGCCACUGCGAGAAAGGUAAAGUUUUGGUUUCUAGAAGAAUGUCUUAAAAAAUAUUUCGCGCGCGUGCUUGUCGUAUCUGAUUCCUACUGAGAUAUCAUUCGUCGUCAUUUUACUUCACACUGACUUGUUUUUGCAAACAGAAAUUUCCCCAUUUUAAUUCAUUUUCUCUAUUCUUUUUACACCAGUUGAUAAUGACUGCAGCUGUUCAUCAGGCCCGGAAGGAAAACAGAGAUGCAAAAUAGGUCAGUUAAUAUUCCACCUUCGAGUUGAGGUAGCUUGAAAUUGUUUUCCGAGACACCUACCGAAUAUAUACUAAAGUGCUCAAAAAGCGUCUUUGCAUUUACGACGUCCAACGAAAUUUACAAAGUCCAACGAAAUUUACGAAAGUCAGACGUGUUUACAAAAUGAUUAAAGUUUGAAUUGGGCGUUUCAACGCAACCAUUGAUAUGCUAAUACGUGGGGAAAUCUCUCUUUUCACAAGUUUUUGGAUCGAUCACGUAAAAUCUUCUAUAGAUUCUUUCCCAGUUAUAGAAUUUUUUUUUUAGCUGUACGUCGCUGUCGAGUGAAUGUCAUCACGAAAUUUAAAUUCAGCCGCUUCAAAAUCAUGACUCCGCUGAGUUUACUCUUUCUGCUUCAAGUAAACAAUUUACAGUGAAAGCAAGCUACAAAUCAACUUUUACUGAAUAUAUCACUAUAAUCUUACAUCUGACGAAUUUUCAGUGCGUUCUGAGAUAUUAUGUUAAAUUUCAAACCAGUUCAAAAACUAGCAAAUUAAGAGUAUUCUUUCAUCAUAACAUCUCUCGUUCACUAAUUUACAUUUUGUUUUGUUUUGUAAACCCUGCAAAUGCAAAAUUAUGCAAAAAAAAUUACAUUUUUGUUUUGUUUUGUUUCGGAAAUGGCUCUAUAAAAUUUGUCCUAACUUUCCUUUCUUGAAAUAAAGCAGUGUACAUUACAUUAACUUUUUUUUAACUUAAAGACACAGUGAAAUAGUACCUAUUUGCGUACGUCGUUUCCCUGUUCAACCGGAUGGUUGGUAUUUGGCAGCUUUUAUCGUUUCCUUUUGUUCUAAGAAAAAUGCCGUCAACUCUAAUUUGCGUAAAUAUUCAACUUCUAAGCACGUUUUCGUCGGAUGGAAAUGCAAAUGUAUGACUGACAAUGUAUUUAAGUUUUUGAACAGGAUGAUUGAAUAUCGGCUUCGUUCUUUCUUUCUUUUUUUAUGGACCUUGACAGUCAAUGGAAAAAAGGGAGAAAAAGAAAGAAGCCAAUAUUCAGCCAUCAUGACAAUAUAAGCUUUGUCAAUAAAAGAUUUAUUAUUUAGCAAGCGAUUUCGCUUUAUUUUAAAAGAAUCACGAAUCAAGAAUGACUUUUCUACUUCGAGAGCCGUGUUUGUAGCACAAUAAACCCACGAGAGUCGAUUAUGUUUUCUUUGUUUUGUCUGUCCUCUGCCGAUUUUUGCGACUCCACGGCCAGCAUUGUCUAAAAUCUACGAACUCUCUUAGUCCGCUCGGGUAGUCAAACUGAACUCAGGAUUCGCUACAUAUUGCCCACGGACGCUUUCAGCGAUAUGAUGUAUGAUUUCAUCUAUUGUAUUUUGCUGUAGUUUUGUCUCCUUCGUUACGCGAUUAGUGUGAAUAUUUUAAGAAAAGUUUGUUCUUUUCCUACUGUGGCGAAAUAGAAAUGAUCAUUGAAAAAGGUUUACAAUAGCUAAGAACACGUUGAAAAUUCGUCAGAUGAAACGUUAUUGCGACAAAUUUAAUAAACUUGAUUUAGAGCUUGGUAUAUGAAUAAUUUCGAGUAGCUAAAAAUUUUGUGUAAUUUUGAAAGGGCUUGAUUUGAUUUGUUGUUGUUGUUGUUUCUCGAAUGCCAGGAUAUAACCUCAACUGCGAAAGAGGAAAUUUUGUUUUGAGCGCUUUGAAUGCAGCCGAUAGGUUUCUAGGAAAACUGUUCCCAGCUAAAUUCUUCAUCGACUUGUAAGAGAUAGAGAAACCCAUAGACUUUCCACUCGGAUGAAACCUAUACUGACAGAGUCAGCACAGCGGUCAUAAGUCGGCAUGGGCAAGGGCAUCAGCCGGGUGCGUGCCAAUUUCUCUCGCAUAGGCAAUAUCGAGCCUGGGGUCAUUUUGGCUCCUUGUCAGCGGUGUGAUCGCCAAACAAUGACCUCUGAGAGAAUGAAAGUUUUACCCCAGAAAUCGUGGGAUUCUGGUCUUAGCUGCGCAUGACAACAUCCUUAAGUAAUGGCUUUCGAUUGACUGCAGCGCAUGCUCAAAACAGAGCACAUGGUCCUCUACACCAGCGGAAGAAAAGAAGAACGUAAGUUAUUUUAGUGUACGUGAACUUAAAAGUCAUCGUAACUGAUCGAAAGUAGAAUCUAUAUACCAGAAUAAAACACUGCAUUUUUUUCCAAUGUGCCAUCCGGUGCUCCUGGAAGUUUGGAAGUGAAAGAUGAAAGGAAAAGUGAUGGCCCUCUACCCAGUUUUUUGCUGUUUUCAGGUUCAUGCGCGGGUUUAAGUCGAUUGCAAGCUAGUUAGUUCAGUAAAGAUGGACUUUGCGCGACUGUGAGUUCGUCUUUAAGAAAAUUGGGCUCAGAGGAAAAAGAGAAUGAGGAAAUGGGACAACGGCAAACUGUAAAAGCGAUUGAUUUAGAUUCCAGAAACGGCCUCCUGCUUCUACCCCUAAUGCAACAGCUGAUGAUUGUAUGGGUGACUGCACUUGAGCUGGAAUCGCUAAUAAACAGAGAAAAACAGCAGUGUUUUGAAACUCUUGGUCUCGCCCAUAACAAUCAACAUACAAGCUUUCCAACUUUUUCUUGACCUACUUAACAAUGGCAACAUGCAAAACACGUUUUUUUGAUGCUGCUUUGAAAUUUUCGUGAUUAAAAAAUGAUCUUUUGACCCCUCGAAAUCUACUUUGUUAUAAUUUCGAGUGAGAACGAUUGAUUUAACAACUAUUGCACUAUUUACCUGUUCCAGAUAGCUUUAGGAAGCAAAAAUAAAGUUAUUAUUAUGUGUUAUAUUUGGAAACCUUUUAAGACUAAUACUUGACCCUGAGUCUACUGAAAAUACCUGCAUAUGAAUCAAAUAUCCACAUCCCUCUGUGAGAUCAAGAGAAACAGUGAUGCAAUGAUAUAGUUGCUUAGGGUUAGGGUUUUUUGACACUUUAAAGACACUUUAAAUUACCUUACCUAAUCAUGUGUUUCCUGGCGAGUGAAGUAAAAGUCGUGAUGCAGUAACGAAAGCAAAAAAAAAAACACAAGCGUGCGCACGCACCCACACACGCUCACUAUGUGCGCACGAAAGUGCACGCAACACACUCACAAACAGAAGCGCCCAUACACGCACCAUGUGUGUGCAUAAGUGCACGCAACACACUCACCAAGCAACCACACACGCAUGUACACAGGCGGAGGAUAAGCUAUGCGAUGCGUUCAUGUUUUGCCUUAUGGAACUGAAUAGCAAGUAAAGUAAGAGUCCAAGUAUAGAAGGAGGGCAUGCACUCAUCAAUGCACGCACGCAUACAUGUACACGGAAACGCAAAAGAGGUGAAUAGGCUAAGAGACACCUCCGAAAUUCUAUUCACUAGAGAGUGAUAACUUCGUGUUUUGCCUUCUUUACCCUAUGCUAUAACUAUGACAUAUAUACGGCGAUCUUCAUAUUCUACAUUGUUAAUGAUUAUAUUAUGGCCUUACAUUGUUGAUAAAGGCACAGCCCGAACCAGCUACCUUGCUAAGAAGCGGGGGCAAACUAUGAGUUGCCCUUAUAAAAAGUUGCGGGUCAUUCAAAACUGAACAGCAAAGCAGGAUUGUGACUUAUUCUAUGUUUCUUACAAUUAAACACUGGUUGGCUAUCGUCUUCGAUAAACGUGUGGCAUUUGAGAAGAACACUAGAAGAUUUUAUACAAAUACUGGAUACUUCCGAGGAGGAAAAAACUUUUAAAGAAUGCGCGGUUGCUCAAACAAGUGUCUAAAAUGUUUGCAAUUUAUUUCUUUUGUUAUAGAGUACCUUAUGGUGUUUCCGGAGCCGCGUUCUACAGAAAAUUACGCCAUGAAGAAUCCAGCCAUAGCUUCAGAUCUCAGCCAGUUGUCGCUGUGUUUUUUCAUCAAACUUGUUCAAGACCAAGGGGAUCAGAUUUUCUUCAGCUAUGCCACUAAACAACAGGACAAUGACGUGAUUAUCGAGAUUUAUCCAACACAAACAGAUUUUUAUGUUGGCAACGAGUUGUUCCGGUAAUGCUGGAUAUCGUGUUUUUUAACAGUCGGUCGGGGAAUUUCUUAUUCAAACCACAAUAAGUCAUGAUACAGGAAAUGCUACGAUUGGCUCCUUCCUGACGCUUGAAGAGAGAGAGAAAGUCGAAAAUACAAACAAACGAAAAGCCUUGGCUUCUUUCUCUUUACUUAUCAUGAUUUAAAUAACAAACAUGUUAAUCUUUGACCAAAACAAAUCUAGACGUAUUUUCCUUACGCUUUGCAAAUGACUAUUCUGGUCGCUUAUUUAAAAUGUGAUUUAGAUCACUAUGCUCAAUAGGACACAGAAGUCUAUUAAGAGACGAGGACUCGUUUAUUACGGUCCAGCCAUAAAAGGAUGAGAUUUCUUAACCAACCCGGCUUUCGACAUAGUAGCUCAGAUGAUACUUUGAUAUAGCAUAGAUGAAAUUAGCUCAUUAAGCAUUUCAUAAAUAGAGAAAGAUGUCUGUUGUCUUGUCACGAGCGUGGGACCAAAUAAAAAUUUCUGAGUCCCCAUGAGGAAGCGAACCUCAGACCUCCAGAUCAGUUCUGCUUUCCGAUGCUCUACCACUGAGCCACAGAGACUCUACGGUGAGCAAGGUCUCUAUUUUCCAAGUAAUUGCAUGAAUAAGAGAUUGAUUGACUGACUGCAUGAAUGAAUGAAUGAGUGAAUGAAAGCACUGAACGAAUGGAAGCUUGACUGUACGAACCAUUAAGUGAUUGACAAACGAUUGAUUAACUGAUUGACAAUUUACUGACUGUUUUACGGACUGACUGACAGACUGACUAAUUGACAGAGUGACUGACUGACAGGCCACUUACAUAUUACCUUUAACUGACCGACCCCUUACCGACAGACUGAAUGACUUUACUGACUGACUUAAUGACAAUGAAAAUAGAGAGCCUUGAAUAAUCAAAUAUAUUUUAUAUUGUUUGCUAUUUGUUUUGUUCUUUUUUUUUCAGGUUUACCUCGACAAAUCUCUACGAUGAUACCUGGCAACACUUGUGUCUCACCUGGGCAAAUACUCAGGGAGUAACGAAACUCUAUAAAGAUGGCCAAUUUACCGGACAGGAAACGAAUCUUGCGACUAAGAAUUAUGCACUUAAGGCUGGCGGCUCCCUGGUGCUUGGACAAGAGCAAGACUCUGUCGGCGGAGGCUUCGAUCGUAACCAAACUCUUCAUGGCCGAUUGGCAAGUGUCAACAUGUGGGAUAAAGUUCUGUCCGAAAGCGACAUUGCCGCUCAGUACACAAAUUGCAGCGUACCUCAUGGUUCUGUUAUUAACUGGUCUGCAUUCAAAAAUCUUACUCAUGGCAGUGUCACAGUUGAAGAGCCAUGA